AUGAGUACAGAUUCGCUUGCCUCAUACAAAACGGCAUAUGAACACAUCGAUGUUGAUCACCGCACUGCGUCUUCAACUAGCAAUCAAGGCCACACUUCACCCAACAAGGUGUCGUUUUUGCCCUCAACAUAUGAGCGCCAAGUCAUCAAAAUGCCCAAGGAAAACAGGUGGAACCGUCUUUCUUCGUCACGACUCAAGAUCAAUAGCCAGAUCUCAGAAAGACAGGAACCCGCAUACCAUCGACAAGAUGAAAUUUUCGCACGGAUGAAGAAGCAGGUCCUGAAAGAAAUCAAGAAAGCCAACCAGUGGCGGCAGCGAUUAAACUAUGUGCUCGCGGAGAAAAAGGACUUAGAUUUUGAGUUAAAGAGAUGCCAAACUGGCCUCCAUGACGGCAGAAAACUGAUCGCGGACCUCGAACGUAUGGUGCGAGAGUUGACCAACAACAAGGCCGAACUAGGACAUAAGGUUGUUGAUUCGAAUCGCCGAUACGAGGAGAGCCGCGAGAUUAUUGAGCAGGAAAAUGAAACAAUCAAUGAUCAGAGGCUGAGAAACAUCGCACUCGAGGAUCAGGUGAUAGAUUACGAAAACAAGCACAACGACGACCAGAUACUGGCUCAGACAAGCCAACAAAACAUCGACUACUUGGUUUCACAGCUGGAGAAACGGGUAGAUGACCUGGAUCAAACUAGAGACCAACUGAUGACCCAAGGUGUAACUAUUGAUCAACAGAAAGAGAGCAUCGCCAACCUUGAGGACCAGUUGAGCCGCCUGUGUAUUCAGCUGGACCGGGCACAAGGGGUUGUGGCGAUCCGAGACGCAGAUAUUGCUGAACAGCAAGAGAGCAUUACCAGGUACCAAGACCAGGUGCGCCACUUGUCAGUCCAGCUUGAGGACUUCCAAGACCAGGUUAGUCGUCGAAAUCAAUGUAUUGCGGAGCAUAAGGAGAAAAUUGGUCAGCUUGCGCAAGAUCUCAACAAUGCCGAGACCGAGAUGGCUCGCACAAAAGCACAACAGCAGCAACUGGAAGAGAAUCUCACACAGCGGGAGGCCCAAGGAGUUGAGCUUCAACGCGUCAUAGCCGAGCAGAAGCAGUUGAUUGAAGAGAUACGCCAAGCUGAUUUCGAGUCCGUGGUUGCUGACGUAUCGAACGAGCUCCCGGACAGCGAGAUACGAAGCAAGUUCGGCGAGCUUCUGGGAACUGAAGUUGAUGACUGGUGUAUGGAAUACAAAGUCCAGAAGUUGACGAUGACCGGAGCUCUCCAAAAUCUUCUUUGCUGUGGUGAAGACCGAGUUGUUUGGCACGAACAGGAUACACCGGAUAAUCUGCGCCUCAGGAUUGACAACCCGAAAGCACCGGUCAUCAUGCUCCAGGCUGCACUGUCCGCCUUCCUUUGCAAGCACUUUUUGCAAGAUCCGUUUUUCCUUCUCAAACUAAAUUGUGGAGAAGCAGCCGUUGAUGGACAGCUUGCCAAAUUGAAGGCGGAACAUACGGCGUUGACCACAUUCCUAAAAGAGUGUAAAUCCAGUAAGGCAUCCGCUCCUGAAAGCCACUCCAUGGGGUUAUCUGACUUAGUGUUCUUUCUAGAAACUGCCGAGCUGCAUUGGCGAACGGCCACUGUCGAACUCCUGGAAGGUCGAUUAGACUUGAACAUGGGAAUGUCAAGAGACGUGGCCAAGACUUUCGUGGACGAUUAUCAAGCAUUGCUGAUGCAGCAAUCAUCGGACAUGCUCGAAGAGCUCUCCGUGAUCAUUUUGAACUUUGUCAGGUUCUGUCUGAGACUGUGGAAGCGGAAAGUGCCGAUAUACGUCGGCAACAAUCGAGAUAUUGGGGGGCAGAGAUUCAAAGCGAACAGUGAUUGGUGGGAUGUGACGCCACUAAUAGGUCUGGAUCAUGGUGAUAAAAGUCUCGAUGGCCGACCUAUGUGCGUUAUCAUCAAGCCAUUGAUAUUCACCAUGAGUGCUGCAAGCGACAGCAAGGAGAUAAUCUGGUCUAAGGCCUCUGUGUGGGUUUCCAAUGAGUCGGCCGGCAUCCCCAUAACUAUUGAUAUUUAG